GGCCUGGGGUUCUGCCUGCUGGUGGGCAUGGCCCUCUGCUCUCUGUGGGUGUAUGUCGAGAACUGGCUGCCGGUCUCCUAUGUCCCCUAUUAUCUCCCCUGCCCAGAGAUCUUUUUCAUGACCUUCAGAGGUUUGGAAACGUGAAGUUCCUUUUUUUGGCGCUGGCUCAUCUGUGGCUUUGGAAUUCUUCUGUCUAACCCGUGAAAGUGGCCAGAGCAGAGUUGGGUCCAGGCUGGUGGGGGAAAGGGAAAUACCGAUGGCCAGGGAAGUGUGGAACAAGGGCCCCUUUCCCCUUCUCACUUCUGACCACCUUCUCAGAGUCCCAUCACUUUCUUUUCUUCUUUCUUUUUUUUUUUUUUUUUUUCCUUUUUGAAGAUGUUGUCUUCUUUAUUUAUUUUUGGCUGUGCUGUGCAGCACACAGGAUCUUAGUUCCCUGACCAGGAAUCAAACCCGCACCCCCUGCAGUGGAAGCGUGGACGGCCAGGGAAGUCCCCCUAUCCCUUUCUGAGCAGGGGCCUAACAUGUGCUUGUCUGUGUGAAACUAGUGCAGGGGGCCAAUUGGAUGGGUCAACUUUUAAAAAUUGUUGCUUCCAGAGUAUAGACAGAUCACAGAAGGACACAUACAAUAGGGUUUCACUUCUAAGAGAUCUCUGGAAUAGUCAUAUUUAUAGAGACAGAAGUAGGAACAAUGUUCCCAGGGGCUGGGAGAGGGAAUGGGGAGUUAGUGUGUCGGGGGAACAGGGUCCCAGUUUGGGAAAUGAAAAAGUUCUGGACGUGGAUGGGGGUGAUGGUUGCCCGACAAUGUGAACGUCCUUUAAGGCCCCUGAACUGUACACUUUCAAAUGGUUAAAAUGGGAAAUCUUUGUUAUGUAUAUCUUACCACACACACAAAGCAUAGACUGAAAAAACUAGGAAAGCUCCAGGAGGCUUAAGCCAUCCCAUGGUAGGUGAUGUACUGAAGAGACCCAAGUGGAUGGCAGGCACCCACGUCCUCAGGUGGUCUGAGCCUUACAGGCGAGCUCAGGCCUCUGCUGGAACGGGUUCUGACCCGGUCCCUGGGUGGCCUUGAGCAAGCCUUUCCAUCCCCCGGGCCUCGCUUCCACCCUGGGGAACGAUAUUAUUGUCCCCAUUUUAAGGGUGAGGGAACUAAACCCCGAGGAGUGAGAUGUCUGGCCCCUGGUCUCUCCAACCAGCUGACGGCAGAGCCAGAGGCAUGUCACUGGAAGCCUCCUGUGUCUGACCCCGUCGCCGGCCACCUCCUUCCUUAAUCAGCCCUCCUUCCUAAUCCCCCCAGGUUGGCCGCAGCUAGUGGGGGCCAGCCACACAGACAGCCUGCCAAGAAGGGGCCAGGGUGCUGCCCUUACCAUUCGCUCAGUGCUGGGCACUGGCUGACAGGCCCUGACUUGCAUACCUCUCUUACCUCUCACGACAGCUCUAAGGGUUAAGGGUGCUGCCUCAUUUUACAGAUAAGGGAAAAUGGGUGUAUCAGUCAGCCUUCCACUAAAGAAACAGAACCUGGAAGAGGGAGGGAGACGACUGAAUGACUGACUGACUGAUUGAUUGAAAGCAAUCGGCUUACACGACUGUGGGGUGGCGAAGCCAGUCUGAAAUCCACGGAGCGGGCCGUCGGGAAGGGUGGGCUGGAACUCUUCGGCAGGAGCUGACACCACUGUCCACCGGCAGAAUUUCUUCUUCAGGGAAACCUCAGUUCUAUGCUAUAGAUUUUCAACUGCCCGUACCAGGCCUGCCAGACUAUGGAGGAUGGUGUAGAUGUCACUGACAUCUACAAAACCUGUACCUUCACAGCGACGCCUUGAUUGGUGGUUGUGUAACUGGCUUCUUCAGCUGACCAUCACCGUAGGUUCAGGUUAAGUAACUCGCCCACCCAGGCUAGAAAGUGGCAGAACUGGGCUCACCGGGCCUUUACAGCUCCACAGACCUUCUCCCCAGUGCCCAGGCUCUUCCAGAGCAAUAUGUUUGAAAGAGAGACAGAAAAAGACUUUGGAGACAGAUGGUACCAGGCUGGAAUCACUGCCCUGCCACACGGUGACCCUGGAUAGACCGCCUCUAUAGGAGUCCAGCCCCGACAGAGUGGACAGGGCAGUGGGGGUGGGUCAAGGGCGUCUGGGGGGUUGGGGGUGCCUGUCCCAUGGGGGUGCUUCACCUGGACCUCAUCCUUCCCUGCUGAGGGUUUCUGCCCCCCACCGGCACUGAUGGCUCUGUCUCACCUCUCCCACCAGCAACAUGAAGCUGCAGUACAAGGGGGAGAAGCCAUUCCAGCCUGUGACACCAUCACAGUACCCUCAGCCCAAGCUGCUGGAGCAAAAGCCCACAGAGUUCCUGACGCUCACACCCUGGCUAGCGCCCAUUGUCUCCGAGGGAACCUUCGAGCCGGAACUUCUGCGUCAUAUCUACCAGCCGCUGAACCUGACCGUCGGGGUCACGGUGUUUGCCGUGGGGAAGUACACCCAGUUCGUCCAGCGCUUCCUGGAGUCAGCCGAGCAGUUCUUCAUGCAGGGGUUCCGGGUGCACUACUAUGUCUUCACUAACGAGCCCACGGCCGUUCCUCGGGUCCGGCUGGGCUCCAGCCGCCUCGUCAGCAUCAUCCCCGUCCUGAGGCACUCCCGCUGGGAGGAGAUCUCCACACGCCGCAUGCAGAGCAUUAGCCAGCACAUUGCCGAGAGGGCGCACCGGGAGGUCGACUACCUCUUCUGCCUCGAUGUGGACAUGGUGUUCCGGAACCUGUGGGGCCCCGAGACCUUGGGGGGCCUGGUCGCUGCCAUUCACCCCGGCUACUUCGCUGUUCCCCGCCAGCAGUUCCCCUACGAGCGCCGGCCUCUUUCCACCGCCUUUGUGGCAGAUGGCGAAGGGGAUUUCUAUUAUGGCGGGGCGGUCUUUGGGGGGCGGGUGGCCGAGGUGUACGAGUUUACCCGAGGCUGCCACAUGGGCAUCCUGGCAGACAAGGCCAACGGCAUCAUGGCGGCCUGGCAGGAGGAGAGUCACCUGAACCGCCGCUUCAUCUCACAUAAGCCCUCCAAAGUGCUGUCCCCCGAGUACCUCUGGGAUGACAGGAAGCCCCAGCACCCCAGCCUGAAGCUGAUCCGCUUUUCUACCCUCGACAAGGACACCGACUGGCUGAGAAGCUGAUGGCUGAGCCGGGGCUGCCGUGGAUAGGGGGGACCCCAGUGAGCGCCCAGCUCACCGGAGCCUCCCUGCACCGGUGCCUCACUUCUCAAGCCUUAAGUGAGACCUGCCCUGUGCUGUCUACCUCUCAGUCUGCCAGCAGAAUCCAAUGGGAAAAUGGGCCCGUGAAGACCUUUGUAAACUGUGAAGGGUGGUGCGCAUAUGAGGAGAACGCCAAGAUCAUGUAGCCUGUGUCCCAAGAACAGCAGGACAGGAGGCGGGGAGACCAGAGGUGGAAAAAGACAGGGCCCGGCAGGCCUCACCCAGCACACGUGCCUUGGGGCAGGCUCUGGAGUCUCAGCCCCGCCCAGUACCUCAAAUUCCCCCUCUGCCCCCCUUCUGUUGCCUGUUGCCCUUAAAGUUGCACUUCUAACACUGUGUGAAAGGCAUCCCGGACCCCUUUUCUCUGGCUGCAGGGGUCCUGGAUACUGUGAUGUCCCCCAGCCACACGGAGCCAGUUCCUCGCUCAGGUCCCUGAGGGAGCCUUUGAAAUCGACCAGGUCUAGGCUCGCUCUGGUUUCAUGUCCCGCCUCCCUUGAGGUGCACCACACUCCCUGGCACCAGCCGCCUCCUUUGUAAGAGGGUUUGGGCAGUUUUUAAUAAAGGUGGCGUGUGCUUGGCCCUAA